CCCUCAGCUGUUUUGCACAUGGGUUUCAUACUGGCACAUAGCUGUAGGUAACAGAAGUCAAGAAGCCCACACUAAUGACACUGGGUCUCUGUAAAGGAAGUAUUCAGUAAUUGGACAGGUUGAGCUACAGCCUUGAAGGUAUUUACAAAGAGUCUGAAACCCAAAAGCACACAGUCUGAAUAAACCACUGACAGAGCCAGGACAGGACAGGGUUGAUAACCUGAAAUAGAGUAAUUCAGAAAAUCGUCUGCUACGAUGAGGCUUGUCCCAGUCCUGCUCAUCGCUGGAGCUUGUGAAGUAGUGAUGUGCCAGGCACAAGACAGCUUCUUCUGGCUGUCUUACCUGCAGCGCCAGUUUGGUUACACCGAUUACUCUGGGCAGGUGGCAGCCAGCUUGCGUGCCAGGGAUUGCCCCCUGGAGUGUGACUGCCCUCCCAGCUUCCCGAUCAGCAUGUACUGUGACAGCCGCAACCUCAAGCAUAUCCCCUUCGUGCCUUCCCGGAUGAAGUAUGUGUACUUACAGAACAACCGGAUCAGCUCCAUUCAGGACGGGGCUUUUGACAAUGCAACCGGGCUGGUCUGGAUCAUGCUACACAGGAACCAGCUAACCAUGGACAAGAUCGGGAAAACGGUUUUCUCCAAGCUGCAGAACUUGGAUCGGCUCUAUCUCGACCAUAACAACCUUACUAGAGUGCCCACCCCACUGCCGCGAUCCCUGAGUGACCUCAGGCUGUCCAACAACAAGAUUAACAAAAUCCAGCCCAACACGUUCGAAGGACUGGAGAGCCUGACUUCCUUAUUACUCAACAACAACCAGAUCCCUGACAUCGGAACAGCUCUGAAGGGGCUGAAAUCACUGUCCCUUCUGGAUCUGAGCAACAACAAGCUGAAGAACCUGCCGGGGAAUCUUCCAGGCCGGCUUCACCAGCUCUAUCUGGAGUUUAAUAAGAUCAACACCAUUCCGCAUGAUUAUUUUAGGAAAUUCCCCAAACUGCAGUAUUUGAGACUCUCAAACAACAAGUUGACUGACGAAGGGAUUCCCUCCAACACUUUCAACAUCACCAGUUUGAUUGAGCUGGAUCUCUCCUACAACAGGCUGCAGAAGAUACCCUCGGUGAACACCAAUCUGGAGCACCUCUACCUGCAAGCUAAUGAGAUCACAGAGUUCUCAAUCAACAGCUUCUGCCAGGUGAUUGACAUCAUGAGCUUCUCUCGGCUACAAGUCCUGCGACUGGACGGCAACAAGAUCGCGCACAACAAGAUCCCACCAAAGGCGGCGCUGUGCCUACGCCUGGCCACCAUCAUCGAUGUGUAGACUCAGAGAGACGCUGGGAGGGGACACAGCUUCAGUCCCAGUAGAGCUAUUCCAGUUCAGCAUUCUUUUUACAGCAAGCUGCGUCUGAACCUGAAUGCGUUCUCUUUAUUGAUCGAACGUAUCUAACACAUUGCUUGGUUGCUUUAAUCCCCUGCAAGCUUUUCUUGGCUGUGAAAGCUUUCUGUUUUAGUGGGCUAGGACAGGAGGAGGGAUAGUGUGUAACGGGAUGGUUUUAACCAGUAGUACCUGGAGCAUUAGAACAAAGUCAAUCAAGUGCAUGUGAACAGUACAAGCACAUAAAGUUAAACGAAAAGUAUUAUUGUCUUUAAGUUUAGUUUUUCACUAAGAAAGAUACACACUUAAUCAUAUGUUACACCCUCAUUUUGUAUACAUAUAAGCUAAUUUAUGAUGUUAACAAAAAACACAUUUGAAUAAUGCUUUUAAAAGCAAUGCUAUUUUAAAUGUAACUUUUGUUGAAACAGCUGGUGCAGACAUUCAUUGUGCUUACCCCCCCCCUCCCCCCCCCAACUCCUUUAAGUAAUAUUUCCAUAGCACACAGUGCCACCUGAUGAGGUUGCAGUUAGGAUCUUAAAAGAAAGUCAAAUGAGAGUUAUCUAAACUGCCUGAGCUAACAGACUGGAUUUUUAGGAAAGAAAGAUACUGAACCACUCGAGUUAACAUUUCAGCAGGCUAAUGCCGAGUCUGAAUUCAGGAUACCAACAGACUGGGAGGGUACAGGAGCUGGGCUAAAGCCAAUGCAAAAAGGUCCACAGCACUGGAGGUGGAAAAAAACAUACCAGUGGCUGCUUUAUUGCGUUCAGGGAAAAGGUUAAAUAAAUACACACACACACACACACAAACAAAUCCCUUACCUAAUACCUUAGUUAGCUUAAAUAAAGAAGGCCCUUCUUUUGACAUGUAUCCUGUCAGCAGUUUCUUUCAGGGGUGUGAAAUCCCAUCAGAAAUACAAACGUUGGUUCUUUUGAGCUUUGCAAUCUCAAAGAAACUGCUUCAGCUCCUUCUAAGACUAAAAAAAUAAAUACAUGCUGUUUAUGGUUUUGUUUCAUGAAAGGGACGCCAA